GUGCUCGGCACAUUUCAAUUGAGGACGUUUCUAUAAGCCGUAACGAACAGUAUUUAUCUGUUGAAUCCGGCUGAAGUCGUGUGUGUGCUGCGGUUGUUUACAUUUUGUACUCCAUGUUCCCUCUGUGUCGCUGCGCUGCUAAUGUUAAUCAACCGCCGUCUGGCAGCCUUCGCUAAACUUGCUCCAGCGUUUCGUGUUGUCAGCCUCAAGAUCUGCACCAGAUGUGGCUGUUUCGACUUGAAUCGGGAAUAUUGCCCUCCUAUGGAUGUCGAUGGAUCAUUUUUAGCCAGUGACAGACCUGAAUAAGUUCAGCUUCUUCUUUUGCUCCCUUAUUGUUAUUGUUCGCUCGAUGGUUUCAUGUGAGAUCCCGAUUAUUCACGGACCCUUUUAAACCAGGAUUUGGAUAAAUUAUUGAUAAUAGCAAUACAUUUUCACAAAGAGUAAAUUGAAGUGUACCAUCUGAAGCAGAAUACAGAGACUGUGAGUGGGUCAUCAGGCAGUCUCCCUAUGUCAGGCCGAAACGGGUCUGCUAGUGAUGCAGACUGCCGGAUCUCUGAGGACUGCCAUGUCCCAGAUGUUGAGCUGAUGGAGCUAGGGCCGCUGCUGGAGGAGGGAGGGGUGCGGCAGGCCUCAUCUAAAGGCAUCCAUCCAGAGGGAGCCACGAUGCUUGCCGAAGAAGAGGAGGAUGAUGAUGAGGUGGGAGAAGUUCUGACUUUACCACUUCAGGCUCACCACGCCAUGGAGAAGAUGGAAGAGUUUGUACACAAGGUCUGGGAGGGGCGCUGGAGGGUCAUCCCUUUUCAUGUCCUGCCUGAGUGGCUGAAGGACAACGAUUACCUCCUGCAUGGCCAUCGACCCCCGAUGCCCUCCUUCCGGGCCUGUUUUGGAAGCAUCUUUAGAAUUCACACUGAGACAGGAAACAUCUGGACUCACCUGUUAGGGUUGAUCUUAUUCCUCUGUCUGGGCACGUUAACCAUGUUGCGGCCCAACAUGUAUUUUAUGGCCCCGCUGCAAGAAAAAGUUGUGUUUGGGAUGUUCUUCCUGGGAGCUGUGCUCUGCCUCAGCUUCUCCUGGCUCUUUCAUACCGUCUACUGCCACUCUGAGAAAGUGUCACGCACAUUCUCCAAGCUUGACUACUCGGGCAUUGCACUCCUAAUCAUGGGCUCCUUCGUGCCCUGGCUGUACUACUCGUUCUAUUGUUCCCCUCAGCCUCGACUUAUCUACCUCACCAUUGUAUGUGUCCUCGGCAUUGCCGCCAUCAUAGUUGCCCAGUGGGACCGAUUCUCAACACCUCGUCACAGACCUACAAGAGCAGGCGUGUUCAUGGGUCUUGGACUAAGCGGCAUUGUUCCUACCAUGCACUUCACCAUCGAGGAGGGCUUUGUUAAAGCCACCACAGUCGGACAGAUGGGCUGGUUCUACCUGAUGGGUGCCAUGUAUAUCACUGGUGCUGGUCUGUAUGCAGCCAGGAUCCCUGAGCGCUAUUUUCCUGGCAAGUGUGACAUCUGGUUCCAUUCUCAUCAGAUUUUUCAUGUUCUGGUCGUGGCAGCAGCGUUCAUCCAUUUCUACGGGGUUUCCAACUUGCAGGAGUUCCGCUAUGGUCUCGAGGGAGGAUGCACAGAUGACUCUCUACUCUGAGAGGCCUGACUGUGACUUACUUAUACUAUUCUUUAUAGCCCCACAAGCACACACACACACACACACACACACACACACACACAUGUACACACACACACACACACACACACACACACACACACACACACACACACACAUGUACACACACAUUCACACUCAAAAUGCUGCUGGAAUUCAAUAUAGUCACUUUUUGCCCCUUCUGUACCUCUGAUUUGCUAACAUCUUGUUUGGGUUUUAGUGAUCUUUCUGCUUUUGGCUCUUUUUUGCUCCAAUAAAGUAGCAUUAACUAGCCAAUGAACUCUGGAGGGAACAGGCACUACUUGUUACAAUGAUAAAUAUGAAGCUUGAACUCAGCAUUUUCAGCUAUGAUAAAAAAAAACAACAGGAUUUUAACCAAAAUAUGUAUUCCUGAAACUGAUAGCCUCUUCUUAGAAGCUCACGAGUACCCCAACAUCUUCAUCGUCUGUUACUGUUGCACAAAGGGUACAGAGGGUAUUAUUUGUGCUGUAGCAGAAGGCACAUACUGUAAAUCAUUCCCUUUCACCCUCCCAGUUUCCAUGCAGGUUAGAGAAUGAAUGUACUGUCCACCAGGAGUUUGGUGUGGAGCAGUCCGGGACCAUUUAGGUGCUUUGGAACUUACAGUAUGCACACAUUUGUAUGAGGAUGAUGAACAUAUACAAAUGUGUGUUUGGAUGCCACCAGAUGUUUUUGUAUUAAACUGUAUUGACACUGA